CGUCCCCGCCGCCCGCCGCGAUUGGCCGCGGCGCUGACAGCUCGGCGGCGAUUGUAGGAGGCGGGGCUCCGCCCCCCGGCCGGGCCCCGGCCCCAUUCAUAAACUACAGGGCCCGGCGGCACUGCCGGAGAGAGACCGGCACACGGCGAGGAGGAGGAGAGGCGCGGAGAGUGAGAGCCUCGGCGCGCACUUUCAGGGGUGGGGAGGGGGAGGAGAAGCCAUCCUGGGCGCAGCAGCUACGCCCUCCUCCCACUCAGGAUAAAACACAGUCUGUGCAAAGAAAAACAAACCAACUCUAUCUAUAUCUAUAUAUAUAUAUCUCAAAGCAACCUAUAUAGAGCUGCAGGACAGGAAUGAGCGAUCACAGACCAAGUGCACACGUCUACGCGUAAAGAUAGAGAAAGCCAGAGCCGGGUUCAGACAACGCCUCCAGCAGGAAAAGGGAAAUCAACAACACCCCCUGACAGUCUGAGCGAGCGGCAGCCAAAUUCAUGCACAUCUCUGGCGGUACCACGGACUGAAAGAGAGAGAGAGAGGCAGGCAGGCAGGCAGGCAGGCAGACAGACAGACAGAGAGAGUUCACUCUUCCGCUCUGGGCAUUGCUCGCAUUCUUCUCCUCCUCUAGUAUCGUGCACGGUUUUAAACUUCGCCGCCGACCGGCUUUGCUGCGGGGACCUUCUGCGAGUCCGGGGAAGUUUGUUCGGGUGUUGGUGUUUUUUUUUCUUUCCAUGAACUACUGAAACAGUAUUUUUGUCGCUGCCCGGGGGGGUGGGCGCCGGAGCGCAGAGACAGCGCAGACCUCCCUGCCCCCGCCGCCACUCAAAACUUGGCGCUCCGGGAGCUCGCGGGGGCUGCCCGCUGCUCCGGCACCACUGCCCAGCCUGCGCCGUCCCGCUCUCUGCGGUUCGCACUUCUCAUCGUCGCCGUCUUCGCUCCUUUGUGCUUCGUCGUCCGCCCCGGUUUCCUUAAUUGCUCUCACCGGCACGCCGCUGCCGCCUUCUUCCCGGAGGGGGUGGGGGUCUGCGAUUUGGCCGGUGCCCUCCGCAAAGCUGCAGCCACCGCUAAAGCAUUGGAUCCCUCAACGUACUGCGAGAGCCCGGUGUACAGCCCGGACCUGUGCCCCAACAUGAUCGCCGCGCAGGCCAAGCUGGUCUACCAGCUCAACAAAUACUACACGGAGCGGUGCCAGGCCCGCAAGGCGGCCAUCGCCAAGACCAUACGGGAGGUGUGCAAGGUCGUGUCGGACGUGUUGAAGGAGGUGGAAGUGCAGGAGCCGCGCUUCAUCAGCUCUCUGAGCGAGAUUGACGCCCGCUACGAGGGGCUAGAGGUGAUCUCGCCCACCGAGUUCGAGGUGGUGCUCUACCUCAACCAGAUGGGCGUCUUUAACUUCGUGGACGACGGCUCCCUGCCGGGCUGCGCCGUGCUGAAGCUGAGCGACGGUCGCAAGCGCAGCAUGUCCCUCUGGGUGGAGUUCAUCACCGCCUCGGGCUACCUGUCCGCCCGCAAGAUCCGCUCCCGCUUCCAGACACUGGUGGCCCAGGCCGUGGACAAGUGCAGCUACCGGGACGUGGUGAAGAUGAUCGCGGACACCAGCGAGGUGAAGCUCCGCAUCCGGGAGCGGUACGUGGUGCAGAUCACGCCCGCCUUCAAGUGUACCGGGAUCUGGCCGCGAAGCGCGGCGCAGUGGCCCAUGCCGCACAUCCCCUGGCCCGGCCCCAACCGGGUGGCGGAGGUGAAGGCAGAGGGCUUCAACCUGCUCUCCAAGGAGUGCUACUCGCUGACGGGCAAGCAGAGCUCGGCCGAGAGCGAUGCCUGGGUGCUGCAGUUCGGCGAGGCCGAGAACCGGCUGCUGAUGGGCGGCUGCCGGAACAAGUGCCUCUCGGUGCUGAAGACGCUGCGCGACCGGCAUUUGGAGCUCCCCGGGCAGCCCCUCAACAACUACCACAUGAAGACGCUGCUGCUGUACGAGUGCGAGAAGCAUCCGCGGGAGACCGACUGGGACGAGGCGUGCCUGGGCGACCGGCUCAAUGGCAUCCUCCUGCAGCUCAUCUCUUGCCUGCAGUGCCGGCGCUGCCCCCACUACUUCCUGCCCAACCUAGACCUCUUUCAGGGCAAACCCCACUCGGCCCUGGAAAGCGCUGCCAAACAGACCUGGAGGCUAGCCAGAGAAAUCCUCACCAAUCCUAAAAGCCUCGACAAGCUAUAGGGUUCACACCCCCGCCGGCAAAACUCGCCCUCCGCAAACAACGACGGCGCCUAAAAACUUUCUAUUUAACUCAAACGACGACGGGAAAAGGCGGCGAACGAAGCGCGCCCACCUGCAGCUCGGCCUUUAAGAACUCGCAGACGGGUUUCCCGGCGUAAAUAAACUCUCGCCGCCUUGCACGGAAGAAGGGAAGAGCCUCCUCUCCCGCCCUCCCAUGUGAAUUUUUAAAAAGUCACAAAAAGAAGCAAUCGGACUUUUGCAACUCCCAAACGAAACCCGAAAGGUACAUUUUCCAAUCCAUGUAUAGUCCUUUUAUGCUCUCUUGUUUGCCUGAAUGUUGUCACCAAGUGAAAAAUUAUUUAACUAUAUGUACAAAUCUCCCUUAAAAGAAGAAGAAAAAAAAGUUUUACUGAUGUUAAAUGUAUUUCGGUGCCAAGGUCAGAUUAUGUGCCCCACAACUGACUUGUUGCAAAUAGUAAUAAAAAUAUUACUUUAACUUUAA